ACUCCUCCAUCUCGCCAAAUCCCACAAGAGCAAAGCAAAACUUUGUUCCCCCCAGCUCCUCUCCUCUCUUGCCUUCUCCGAUCGAUCAAGCAGCCAAGCACUAACUAGCCGCGCGCAGGGAUGGCUCGGCAAGGCAUGGUCACGGCGCUGCUGCUGCUGGUCCUCGCCGCCGGCUGCUGCGCAUCGGCGGGCGCCGUGGCGUACCUCUCCAAGCUGCCUGUGACCCUCGACGUCACCGCCUCCCCCACUCCCGGCCAAGUUCUUCACGCCGGCGAGGACGUGAUCACGGUGACGUGGGCCCUGAACGCGAGCCAGCCGGCCGGCAAGGACGCCGACUACAAGAACGUGAAGGUGAGCCUCUGCUACGCGCCGGUGAGCCAGAAGGAGCGCGAGUGGCGCAAAACCCACGACGACCUCAAGAAGGACAAGACCUGCCAGUUCAAGAUCACCCAGCAGGCCUACCCCGGCGCCGGCAAGGUUGAGUAUCGCGUCGCCCUCGACAUCCCCACCGCCACCUACUACGUGCGCGCCUACGCGCUCGACGCCUCGGGCACCCAGGUCGCCUACGGCCAAACCGCGCCAACCGCCGCCUUCAACGUCGUCAGCAUCACGGGAGUCACCACCUCCAUCAAGGUCGCCGCCGGCGUCUUCUCCGCCUUCUCCGUCGCCUCCCUCGCCUUCUUCUUCUUCAUUGAGAAACGCAAGAAGAACAACUAAACUCGCAAGUCGGGACCGUAGCAAAGUUUGUUGGCCGGUCGUUUUUCUCUCUACAAGUAACAGUACAAGUACGGACUAGUACGUACGGCACAAACUGUACGGAUAAAUGUUCGGGUGCAUACCUCCUUUUUGUUGUGAGCGUGUAAUGACUAUGAAUGAAAUAAUUUGAUUUCAGACAGUAA